AUGCCCCUCUUCGGCGCCGCUCUUGGAUCGACGUGGAUGCGAAUGCGUGUGUGUGUGAUGGGUGAUGGGCGGGUCUUGCAGCUAGAGAAUACAUGGACGAAACCGGCGUGCCAAGGAUGCAUGGAGAUUUGGCGGCAAUUGCCUCCCCGACGUGGGCCACAUAACCUUCAGGUGGCAGCCUGCGAACAAUCGAUGUAGCACGGUGGGUGUCGCUUGGUCAACACUACGCGCAUACGCCUACAGGGCCGUUGAGGGAACCAACGGGUGCGCCAUCUCGAACGUGCUGGAGGGAAAGGGAGGGAGGGAGGGAUGGAAUGCAGGGUGGGUUGGUGGGGAUUGUGCUUUUGCUGUGGCUAUGACUCAGGCCUACAUGGAAACUGAACCGAAUAUGAAGGGACUGGACACGAUCGCGGGAUGUACAUCGCUCAAAAUGUGUGGUCAGGAGCUCAUGCUGCUGAUCGACUGCCGGCGCUACUUUUCGAACAGAUAUGAGGACCGACGGUUGGAUGUUGGCGUGCUUCCUCGUGCACCACUCGCACUAUAAACGGGUCGUUGCUUUUCCAUAUGAGUCCGUCUCCUUGGCUUGGACGUAUUUGAAGUUGUCGAAAAACGCGGUAGUAUUCUUUCCUGAAUGCAUACGAUCUUUGCCGCAAUAUGGCACAUGGUGUGUACUCGCCUGCGUUCGUCGUCUUCGUCGGUAGUGGCAUGUCGU